AUGAAUGAAGAGCUGAAAGUAACAUUGAAGCAUAAACCACGCAUAAUACUUACACCUAUGAAAAAGAGAGAGGUAAAAUCUAACGAAAAAACAAUUGAUCAAGUUAUUCAAGCACUGAAAACUUCCCCUAAUGAGAGAACUAACCAUCAUGUUGAUACACUUUUAUCAACAAUAGGAAGUUGGGAUUGUUUUACACGAAAUAUUCAUUCUCAACCAAUGAGAAGAGAAGUUUGUCGUCAAAUUGUUUACGAAGAAGUGGACGCAAAUUCCGUUCUUUUUAAACAAGGUGAUGUAGCAAAUGGCUGGUAUAUUGUUAUAAGUGGUCAAUGUUUGGUUGUUGUUUUAACUAAGGAUGAUUCAUUCAUGGCAGAUAUUCCACCAGUAAUGAUACAAAAUUUGAGAAAAGCACUUGGUCAAGAUCAAUAUUUCAAAUGCGUUUUUACAGCUGGUCCAAAAUGCGACUUUGGAGCCGUUGCUCUUAUUGAUGAUUGCUUAAGAAACGCAACUAUUUACGUUUCGCAAAAGACUAUUCUCGCACGUGUAGAUAAUGAAAUAUACAGAACAACAGCUAGAUACUUUGCCGAAGCACAAAGAGAAAAACGAAUUCAGUUACUUCUUCAAGUUAAAGAAUUACGAUGUUUACAUAGUGAUUAUGAUCCAACAAUCGAUGAAGCAGAAACAUUCAAGACACUUGCACAAAAUACAGUCGAAUUUAACGUCCCUGCCGGUACAAUUAUCGAUUUGAAUAAUGCUCAAGCAAUUACACAGCCAAACAACUUCAAUCCUAACGGUAAAACAGAAGAAGAAAUACAUGCAAACGAAAUUGACCAGUUCUCCAAAUCCCAAGGCUUUUAUUUAAUUGCUGAAGGAAAAUUUUCUCUUCACAGAAUGGUAGAUUUCACAGAAUACAUUCCUAAAACAGAAGACAAAGUACAAGAUGACGUUUUCAGAGUCAAAUUACCUCGAGGAAAAUAUUUCAUCCAAGCAAAAGAACUUGGACCCGGCGAAAUCUUCCCAGAUCCACGUCUUCAAGGUGGAUGGAUUAGCCACCAGUUCAGAUUACGUGUAGAAGAACCAGCUUUGCUUCAUAACCUUAAAUUAUCAAAUUUAUUAUCUGCAGUUACAGAGCGAAAUGUUGAAUUAAUAAAGAAAGCAGUAUAUGAACAGCCUUCCGAUUCCGCAUUGAUUGAUGUUUGGAUUGAAAAACAACGUGCCAUGCAAUGGAGUCAAUAUAAAAAGAAAUGUCUCAAAGAAGCCAGAAGAGUUUUCAAGAUAGAGAGACAAGUAAUGAAUGGAGAAGUCGGAAUGAGACAUUUCGGACCUCCUAAGGCUCUUAAACCUGUUGAGAAUGCACGCCCUUUAUCGAGACAUGCCUUCGAAGAAGAAGUUGAUAUCGAACAAGAAAUCAAAAGAAGAAGAGAAAAAGAAAGAGAAAUCGAAGAAAGAAAACUUAGCAAAACUAAGAGAAUUAUUGGAGAAAAAGUUCUCAGAGAAGCACAAAUCAGUAGAGAUAUCGAGAAGAGAAAGAGUGAGUUGAUGAAGAGAAGAAGAAGAACUGUUUCUAGACAGUCAGAAAGAGCAAAAACUGCUGAUGCAGCAAGAGAAAAAGAUGAGGAAUUUUACAAGGAUGAAAUGAAGAGAAAGGUGCAACAGGAAUUGCAGAAGUCGAGGGAUUUGAAGGAACAAGAGGUUCUUAGAAGAACUGCAAGAAAGAAUAACUCUAUGAGAAAUAAGUCUCAAUCAAUAUUUUUGUUUGAAAUUCAAAAUUAA